ACAGUUUUAUUUAAAAUGCAAUGUUUCUUCUCAUUUUUCUUAGUUUUUAGAAAUCAGCUACCCAGGAAAAAUGGCUUUUACUCCCAUGAGCCGCCUUCUGAGGAUCCUCCCCCAGAGACGGGAGAGUCCGUGCGCCUCCAGCUCCAGUCCGGGGCUCAGCUCUGCAGGGUGUGCGGCUGUCUAGGCCCCAAGACGUGCUCGCGAUGUCGCCAGGCGCAUUACUGCAGUAAGGACCACCAGGCUGUGGACUGGAGAUACGGGCAUAAGCAGGCGUGUAGACAGGCAGGUAAUGUGGACAAUACAAUUCCAGAUCACAACUUCCUUUUUCCAGAAUUUGAAAUUGUAAUAGAAACAGAAGAUGAGAUUACACCUGAAGUUUCAGAAAAAGAAGAUGAACCGGAGAUUAUAGGGAGCAUGGGUGAAGCACCUGAAGAAGAAUUGGAAUCCAUGGCAAAACAUGAAUCCAGGGAAGAUAAGAUUUUCCAGGAGUUUAAAAAUAAAAUAGCCCUGGAACCAGAACAGAUUCUCAGGUACGGCAGAGGGCUUGCCCCCAUCUGGAUCUCUGGUGAAAAUGUCCCCCAAGAGGAGGAUAUUCCAGACUGCCCCUGUGGAACCAAGAGAAUAUUUGAAUUCCAGGUCAUGCCUCAGCUGCUCAACUACCUAAAGGCCGACAGGCUGGGCAAGAGUGUUGAUUGGGGUGUCCUGGCCGUCUACACUUGUGCUGAGAGCUGCAGCCUGGGCACCGGCUACACAGAAGAAUUUGUUUGGAAGCAAGAUGUAACAGAUACACCUUAAAGAGAAGCUCAAAUAGCCUUAAAAGUGCUCAUAACCUCUUA